UAUACGGACUACGGUUAUAUUAUGUAUGUAUCAUGUUAUGCAGGUUACAACAUGCUGCUACCGCGACAAAACAGUAAACGCUAUCAAUAAUUAAAAAGUUAUAAUCAACCAUCAACUACCUUCUGCGCGUCAACGUUCAAUACACAGCCAACAGUUUAAAUUUAAGCAGUAAUUAAUAUAGAAAUGGAAGGGAAAAAGCAAAUAGAUUUGAAAAAAGAAUUUGGUCACUAUGCAACCAAAUACAAGAGUUUGAAUCCAUUUAACGAGAUUGACUCUAAAAAACUACUUAAAGAACGAUACAAGCAAAAUUUAGAAGACGCUAAACCAUUGGACGAAGAAGAACAAACAAAAAAUGUAACAAUAGAUUUUAUUAAGCAAAUUCCACCAUUAGAAGAUGUAGAUUUGACAAAAUCGGACUCUCUAUGCAAUAUGCCAACAUUAUCUGAGAAAGAAGCUGUACGUAGAGUGCGAAAUAAAUUCAUAAAACUACAACUGUUAUAUGCCCAAGAAUACAGAUAUUUACUGUUCAAAUAUCGUGUUAAAAGGCGAGAAUAUCUGUUAAAUAAAAAACGUGACCUGGAGACAUUUGGAAUGAUAGGUAAAUUAAAAUGGUCUAAUGAACAAGAGUAUUCAAAUCUUCGAAAACUAAAACUUUUGGAACAUUAUCAAAAAAUGACAGUUGGUCAAGAAGCAGUGGUUUUUAAAACCGCUAUGGAUAGAAAAAUUAGAGCAACUGCCUUAUUGGGUAAUAAAGGGAAAGCACAUCAUUCACAUUGUACUUUUGUAGAAAUGGGUAUUAAAUGCACUGGAAAAAUGUUACCAAAAAGUAAAUUUUGUAAAAAACAUAUACUGAAAGAUCCUAAGCAAGUAUUGUUUAGAGCUUGUGAUAUAAUUCAAAGCGAUAACAAGUGUCAGGAGCCAAUUAUUGAUUUUGAUGCCAAAACGACAUGUGUAUUACAUGAAAAAUUACCAUUACUCCGUGAAUAGACUCUGUUUAAAAUAAUAACUUGUACAAGUCAUUAUUAUUAGAUUCUUUCUGAAUUAAUAGAAACAUUUACAUAGAUAAUUGGAACUAUAUUUUUCCUGACAAUUUCCAAAAAUAGUAUAAUUAUUAAUUAUCAAUAAUUUAAUAGGAUAUUAAUAAUGCUUAUUUGUGUGGCCUUGAGCACAAAAAAUUAGUUGGUAUUUAUGUAAUUAUUAUUCUUUAAAAUUGUACUUUUUUAUUUAAAAUAUCAAUAUAUUUAACAAGCUUUAAUGUAUUAUAAUGUGAUAACAUUUACAUUAGAAACUGUAUUUGUUACACAACUAUAUCAAUGUCAAACUUUGAAUAUAGGAAAAUACUCGUGUUUAAUUGAAAAAUAUAGAUGGGAUAUUAUGCAACACCGCAAUCAGCUUUUAACCACUGAAAAAAUUAUAUAUAUAAUUGUAAGAGACUACAUGAAAGGUGAAGAAUUGUGCUAUGUUGUAUAUGAAUUAAUUUAAUAAUAUAAUAUUUUUUAUUUUUUACGAUUA